AAGUCGCGUGCUGGAAAUGUGAACGAAUUGUUAAUCAUCAGCCUUGUCACUCACUAUCUUCAUCCCACACCUCACUUUUCUUCUAAUUUUAUCGUCUUGUCAUCGCCGAUCCCCCAUCAAUAACACCAAACAUUCUGAAGUACCUAAUUUUCUUUUCCCCUUUCAUUUGGGGAUAGCCCGGCCGUCGCGCUUGAAUCGCCGCAUAGACAUAGAACUAUAGCGAGAGAGAGGCGUACGCCCAACCAUAUUGACAAGAUGGCCGCCCCUAAGAUGACAAAGAACCAGAAGCGACGCGCAAAGAAGAAGGCAGAUAAGCUAGCAAAGACAGAUGAAACAUCUACGGCCGACGGUACCCCCCAAGUUGAACCGAGCGAGGAUGAAUCGAAUCAAGAGAAAGAUGCGCCCGAUGGAAAUGCCUCUUCAGCGGAACUCGAAGUAAAGGAGCCUGCCGCAUCAGAUAAAACACCCGCCGAUGGUCCCACUCAACCUACCGACGAAUUUGACCUUGACAACGAAGACCCUGCCUAUUCUAUGUACAAGGAUAUCUUCACAAAGUUUGGCGUAUCAAGAGAAGAAGAUGAUAUCGCGAAAGAGGCCAACGCCGGAAACCAGGGCGAAGUGUUUUUUGACGACGACAACGAAAUACCCGAUGAAGAGGACGAAAGGAAUACCCAACCUAAGCUCUCUAAAAAGAAGCGGAAGAUGCUCAACAAGCUCUCUAUUGCAGAACUGAAAGCAUUGGUGAGGAAACCCGAAGUAGUGGAAUGGCAUGAUACAUCAUCGUCGGAUCCGCGAUUGUUGGUACAAAUCAAGGCGCAACGAAACGUGGUUCCGGUGCCUUCGCAUUGGUCACUAAAACGCGAGUAUCUUUCAUCCAAGCGCGGUAUCGAGAAGCCUGCUUUUAAGUUACCUAAGUUCAUCGCGGAUACCGGUAUUUCAGAGAUGAGAGAUGCUGUAUUGGAAAAGCAAGCAGAGCAGUCUCUGAAGCAGAAGCAACGCGAAAGGGUACAACCGAAAAUGGGCAAGCUGGAUAUUGACUACCAGAAGCUUUACGAUGCCUUCUUCAGAUUCCAAAGCAAACCGCAACUGACGCGUUUCGGUGAGGUUUACUACGAAGGCAAGGAGUAUGAGACAGAUUUACGACACCUUCGGCCUGGCGAGCUUAGUGAUCCUCUUAAGGAAGCUUUAAGUAUUCCUCCUGGCGCCCCCCCACCAUGGCUUAUCAACCAGCAACGAUUCGGGCCCCCGCCUUCUUAUCCCUCUCUCCGAAUUCCUGGACUGAACGCCCCGAUCCCAUCGGGCGCUCAAUGGGGUUUCAACCCCGGAUGCUAUGGUAAGCCGCCCGUGGAUGAAUACAACCGACCGUUAUAUGGAGGUGAUAUCUUUGGUAUCAUGCAACCCUCUCAAACGGCGCCACCGCCCGGCGAACCUAUCGAGCGCACGCCAUGGGGUGAACUCCAAGAACCCGAGGAAGAGUCCGAGGAAGAGGAAGAAGAUGAGGACGAAGAGGAAGACGAGGAUGAAGAAGACGUUGGUGCGGGCUUGCAGACUCCGUCUGGAAUGGAAACUCCCGGCGGUUUGGUCAGUAGCGUACCAACAGAAUACGGCACAGCCACUGAAUCCGUGGCCGGAGAGUUGGAUCUGCGAAAGUCUCGCCGUGGAUAUGAGACUGAAGAUUCCACGCACCCUCGUGCGGCUUACACGGUCAUCCAGGAGAAGCAGGCCCGAGCAGAAGGUUUCUUCGGCAGUGAUCGCAUGUAUGAUCUCAAGAAUGCUGGGGGUGACAUGCGCGUUCUCGGUCAAGACGAAGAUAGCAGUAGAAAACGCAAGAAGCCUGGUGAUGUGGAUGUGUCUUUCGAUCCGGAUGCGUUAGUAGAUGGUAUCAGCAAGGACGAAAUGAAGAAGAAAUUUGAGGAAGGCCGACGUGAAGAGGGCGUUGGUGCUAAUUGGAGGAGAGAAGAAGGCCUCGACGAGAUGAUUGCAAACGAGAGCCGUAAGAGACUAAAGCGAGAUGAGGAGAAGAGAGACGAAAGGAAGAAGUACAGGUUCUAGGCUGGCGAGCUUUUUGGGCUAGGGCUGGCGUUGAAUUGACGUGUACUUAUUAGUGUAUACUUGCAAUGGGAACGGUGGAUGGUGCAAAAAGGGCCACCUUUGGGGAGUGAAUUCAAAUCAAUAAUCAUCAACCCCCACGACGCAGUUCACUUAUAAAUGAUUUAUAUGC